AUGGAUCUGUUGAAAGAUCAGUAUUCGAGUGAAGAGGAAAGUGACGAACAAGAACUGGUAAAAACUGGGUCGGUUGCUAAAUUGAAAGCUGUGCCUCAAGAGAUCUUGGAUAAAUACCACAUCGCUCCAAACAUAGACAAAUACAGCGAACCGAUGAAUCUUGCUGCGACGCGCGGCAAAUGGGCCAGUUUCGCUUUCAUCGAAAUGCGUCCGUCUAUGCACCAACGGUUGGUCUUGGACCAGCUGAUCCGCGAUGUGGGCGCCAAGCUGCGGGCUUCGGACCUGAAUUUCGAGCCCUUGCACAUGAGCGAGCUGGGCUCACCGCUGCCGCUGCACGUGUCUCUGAGUGCCAACUUUAGCUUUCCCACGGCAGGCGAGCUGGACACGUUUGCAAAGAUGCUACAGAUCGAGGUGCUGCAGAAGGUUCCCGGGACCUUCAGCCUGGAGUUCCAGCCGCGGCUGCAAGUGUACGACAACGUCGACCGCAACGCGUUUUUUCUGGCGCUGGACGUGGCGCCUGCGAUCAAGCAAGCCGAGAUUCGCCAAUUGCGGUCCGCGGUCGAGGAAUCUAUCGAGUUUUGCCGUCGUGACGAGGACGACAUCCACGACCACAGCAUCGACGCAAGCCCUGUGCGCACAGCGCCCUACACCUGGAGCCACGAACGGGCGCAUCUGUCGAUCGCCAGAGCUUUCAACCCUUCUUUGGCCCACAACUUCCCAGCUGCAUCCUCCGGGGACGCCUGGAGAUCCUACCGGCGCAGAAUUGACGACCUAAACGAGUCUCUGAAAACCGUGCCCGUGGGCAAGGAGACUCUGGAUGCUCUAAAAUUCCAGUGUCGCGGUAUCAAGCUCACCAAGCAAAGGUCCAAUCUAUGGAUACCAUUUUCUACUGGAGAGGACUCACUCGAGCCCUGA